GGUUGCUCAAUCAGCGUUAUGUUAACGUGGCGUUAGCAGCAUUUUUCAGCGUUAAAUCCUUAACGUGGCGUUUGCUAACUUAGCGUUAAAUUUGGGUUGCCCAAAGUCAUUUUAACGCCAGCGUUAGCUAACAUUGCCUAAAUGCUGGCGUUAGUGCGUUGCUAGGGAAAUUACCCACAAUGCAAUCAAGUUCCUCCCAAAUUUUCCAAGAUGGCAGCCUCAAGUACUGAGAAUUUUGUAUCCGCACCAAAAAUGAAAAAGAAGAGGGAAAGGGGGUCCAACUGGACCCCAGAAGUCACCAUUCUACUUGUGGAAUUGGUUGAGGUCCAGUUGGAGAUGCUUAGGGCAAAGUUUAGUAACGAGGUCAGCAAGAGCCUAAAGAUGAAUGUCUGGGAUGGUAUUGCAAUGAAGGUGUCAGCCCUGGGAACAACCAGAACUGCAACCCAGGUGAGGGAGAAGUGGAAUUCGUUGGUGUCCAAGGCCAAGGAGGUGCAUGGGCAGCGUCGACAACACAUGGGCAAAACUGGUGGCGGGGCAUGUAUGGCGCCAUUGAAUGCCAUCACAGAGAAGAUCAUUGACAUCUUCAAAGAUGAUGCUAGCUUCAAUGGUGUUGUUGAUGGUUUUGAAACAACAAUUGGCCAGCCUCAACCCCUGGAUAUGCCUUGCAAGAAGAGGAAGACAGUUGUUGACCCACAUCAUCAUGGGGUGCAAGCCAGCACAUCUGGAAGAGUUUUCAUACCACCACUUAAGCCCAGGAAUGAGGAGCAAGUACCAGCCUCUGCCAUUGUCAUUGCUGAAAUAGGUCUGCCAACUUCUGGAUAUCCCAAUGACGACAUUGAAGAAGUCAAAACAAGCAUGACUUAUGAAUCAGAUUAUUUGGAACUGUGCUCAGCUGGCCCCACACCCCCAAAAUGUGUCAUGACAAUGAAGAAAAAGACUAAGAAGGUGGUACCAGCGAAAUCAAAAUCCUCCAGGUCAAAAGUGGGAUCGGUAGGAUCAGCAUCAGGCUCUAAAGUCAGCAGCCAAGACAUUCGCGACCUUCAGUUGAAGGUGUUGCAAGCCACUUUGGAGGCGCAGGUAGCUUUGGCAGAGACCCAAAAGGUGCAACGGGAGGAAGCCAACACCCAUAUUGCACUGAUGAAGGUCAAGAUGGACUACUUGCGCGAGAAAAUGGAAGAGGAGGCCCUUCACAAAUUUGUGAAUUUUUAACUUUAAGGACUGCCAGGAAAAUAUUAACAUGUACAUAUAUUACAUUGUACA